AAAAAGCGGAGAACUUCGGGGAUAUGCGUUAGCUCCUUUCAAGUUUCAGGAAGUUCUCGCUCAUGGGGGGUUUGGAGAUGUUUUUCGAAACCGGAAAUAUGACCAGUUCUACUCGGUUUCGUGAUGGACUUUCCAAGCAGCACUGGAGGCUGAAUUUCGUAACAAGGAGAUGGGAACGUUUGCCAUUGAAAGGCAAUUACCCGGAAAAUGCCCAUGGUCCACUCGGAAAAUGCUACAAUAAGCACAUGCUCCUUUACGGUGAGUCUCGUCGAGACGACUCGACGACCUCGAACGACCUCUUCGUCUUUGACCUCAACACCCUGGACUGGCAUAUAUACCCGACCGGGUGGACUCAACCAAUAAAUCGCGUUGGCCAGGGGUUCGUGAGAACAGGGACUGACGUGUAUUUCGUCGGAGGGAUGAAGUGGAUCCGUGGGACAAAGAGUACCAAAAAGUACUGCAGUGAUGUAUUUCACUUGGAUCUCAGGACCGGAACAUGGACUGCACUUCCUUCCACCCAAAACCCCGAGCUGAAG